AUGGACAGCUUGUAUGAGCCUGUCCCCGAACGUCAAGAACCCAAGGAUACAAUCAGUACUUCCAGCCAGCCCAGCACUCCAGUGAGCACACGUGCAAACUGUGGACUGCCUGAUAGGUCUAUGUCUUUGGUGACUGCUGUCUGUGCUUUUACUUUAGACAGGAAAAAUGUGAAUGGCACACUUUGGCAGGGUUCCAGGAAGCCGGAGAAUGAUUCGUACAUCAGAAGGCCCUGUCAGCUUGAAGAAGAUAAUAUUGUUGGUGAUGGGAUACAUUUGCUGCAAGGAAAGAAGAUAGAAGAAACAACAUGCCAGGUGAUAAAUUACGAGCAAUGGAUUCCACCACGAGUUUACAAUCCACGAGUGGCAAGUAAUGGUGAAAUGGGUGCAGAACCAAAUGAUAAAGCAGAGUCCAUGGGAACAUUAAAACGAUUGCAGAAAUUGGUCCGAACCAAAAAAGCCAAUACACAAAGCUUGGAGGAUGUCAAACAUGUUUUGAUCCCCCUUAAUACAUUAGAAGAUACUUAUCUUUCAGAAGAGGAUGAAGAGGCACUAACUUCUUGCAUGAAACUGGCAAAACCUCAGGAAAAGAAAGCCUGGAAAGACAAUGUGAGGAGAAAAGAAGAGACUGAGACUAGGGCAGAGUUUAUUUCUGCAUCUUUGGGCCGAUCGUAUACUUCCAAAUUUAGUAACUUAGGAAUGAUUUCAAUCCAUUCAGAAACUGAAUUUCAUUUGUGGAGUGACUGGAAGCCAUUUCCUGAUAACCAGCUCUGUCCUUGUGAUUUCUUGAUUUCAAAAAUAGAAGAAUGGGAAAAAUGUACUUGUGCUUCUCAUCAGCCACAUCUUACAAAUUCCUUAACUGAUAUGGAUCUGCAGUACUCCUGGGUAAGUGGAAGUGGUUCUUUUUGUACUGAAAUGGGUAAAAAUUAGAAGCUUUUUGCUCUGGUUCACCAUUAAAAGAUGCUGUCAUUUUACAUAUAGUUCUGGAAUGCAGUAAAUCAGAUCUGGAUUUCAGGUGAAUGGACACGUCAGUCAGAGUAAUACCAGGGGUUCCUUAUCCUGAGGUCGUUCAUUUUCAACCGUGCAGGCAUUGGCAGCAUUGAACCAGCUUUAGAUCAUUUUGUUUCUCAUCAGACACACUGGCUUUUUCAGCUGUACGUUAAAUACUCAUCCAGGCUUGGAAAACUUUUUGAAAGUCUGGGGUAAACUGAAGUCAGUAAGGGUCAAUGAAACAAGCGGUGUUGGAUCAGGCCCCUAGAGGUCACUGCAAUUCUAGUAAGGGACACUAGAGUUAUUUGGAGAAAGGUCAGAGGCUGAAGAAGUAUUGAUGUAUCUGUCUUCUUGGAUCAGGUCAGCUGGUGAAACCUGUUUUUGCAAUUACCUUUGUGGCAACAAGUUCUUAGGGAUGGAUGCAGGGGAGCAGAGUUCGAUCUUGUUCUAAAACAGUCUUUCUGAACAGCCAUCUAGAAGAGGCUUUUCUGUUUCAACUACUGUUUUUUGUUGUUCUUGUUGUUGUUGUUGUUGUUGUUGUUUUGUUUUGUUUUUAAGUGCAAUUUAAAACUAGGAAAAAACCAAACAUAAACUUUAGUUGGAGAGAUAUAUAAACAAUGGACACUGCUGUGAGGUUUUUCUGCCCCUCAAUACUGGAAACAGCAGGUCUUCUGGCAUUGCACAAAGUGAUGGCAAACACGUGGAAAGUGAUCAACUGACUGAAAACUAUCAGGGAAAAAGCAAACAGCAGACUCCUUUGCCUUUUCAUUCAUUCCCUCAUGCUGUGCUCCAGGGACAGAGAUGGUUCACGCUCUGCAAUAACACCAGCUCUCAGGAAUGUGAAUCUAAAUCACAGGAGGCAAGAUAGCUGCAGGCACCUGCAAGCUGUGUGUGCAAAUAGAGACCUGAGUAACCAGAGCCUGAUCUGAAUCAGUUUCUGGUAUAUGCUGAAAACAGCACUGUCUUUAAUGUGUGCUUGUAUAUCAUUAGGAAAGGUACACACACAUACAUCGUUGCUGCAGUGAAGUAGGUCAAUAUAGCAACCAUAUUCUUGAAUAUACUGAAGUAGUCAUUUAGCUUUUUUUAAAUGAUGCUGUAGCCUGCACAACAAAAAGCAGUACCUGAUAUAUGGGAUUUGUAGAGCAAAAUGUAGCAUGGAAGAUUUUCCUGGGAUUUGG